UAGUUUUGAAUUCCAAUAUACACCGCCUGGGUGACUGUAAUUACAGAGAUCCAAAGGGAGGCUGGGGAAAGAGGAGGAGCCUGGGGAAAGAGGAGGAGCCUGGGGUUUUUUGUUUGUUUUUACUAUGAGAAGGGUUGAAACUAAGGCGUCAUAAAUGAUAAGUUCUUGCCACUGAGUUAUAUCCUCAACCUGAUUUUUAUUAUUUUGGGUCGAUGUUCCACUAAGUUACCUAGGCUGACCUUGGAUUUAGAGCCAAGGAAGGCUUUAACUGCCUGCCUCAACUUCCUGUGUAGCUGGGAUUACAGUCUCUGUUGAGAGACUGAGUUUUUGAUGUAGGCAAUUAGAAAAGGUAGCCUGGGACUACCGAGAUGGCUCAGUGGUUAAGGGCACUGAUCACACGGUGGCUUACAACCAUCUGUAAUGGGAUCAGAUGCCCUCUUCUGGUGUGCCUGAAGACCGCUACAGUGUACUCAUACAUAAAAUAAAUAAAUCAUCUUAAAAAAAGAAAGACAAGGGCUGGGGAUUUAGCUCAGUGGUAGAGCGCUUACCUAGGAAGCGCAAGGCCCUGGGUUCGGUCCCCAGCUCCGAAAAAAAAAAAAAAAAAAAAAAAAAGAACCAAAAAAAGAAAGACAAAGAAAAGGUAGCUUGGAGGACAUGUUAUUUGUACCAAUUAGGUGUGAAAAAGAUCAGAUUAGGUAUAGGAUAAGGGAGGCUUAGAAAUUAAAGAGUGAUGGUGUGGCAAUUUUUUAAAAGAUUAUUUUAUGUAUAUGAGUACACUGUAGCUGUCUUCAGACACACCAGAAGAGGGCAUCGGAUCCCAUUACAGAUGGUUGUGAGCCACCAUGUGGUUGCUGGGAAUUGAACUCAGGACCUCUGGAAGAGCAACCAGUGCUUUUAAUCGCUGAGCCAUCUCUCCAGCCCAGAUGGUAUAGCAGUUGAUUUAGUAAGUGUUAGUGGAUGGAUGGAGGGGGGUCUCAGAGGCCCAACCCUCACAGCUUAGUUCUAUUCGCUAUUGAUUCAAGGGGAGGAGGGGUCACUGAAUGGACAGCUCCAACAUCGUGGUCACUCAGAUGGCCCCAGUUACCCUGAGCUGGUCAAAGAACAAAGCCUAGGGUUGGGGAUUUAGCUCAGUGGUAGAGGCCCUGGGUUCGGUCCCCAGCUCUGAAAAAAAGAAAAAAGAAAAAAAAAAAAAGAACAAAGCCUAAAGUCAUGAAUCUGGAAAAAGGACGAGUGUGCCUCCAAGUGCUGGGUUUAAAGGCGUGGCUUAAAAACGCUUAACUCACUCUGCCCCGUGUCUUCGGUGUGUAAGUCAUUGCUUUGGGAAUCCCCUUACUGCAAGAGCUUGCAAUUGGAAAAGAUUCAAAGAUGCAGAUAAGAUAAGAAAAAAAUAAUGUGUGAAAGAUGUAGUGGGGUAAGUGCUAAUAGCAAAGCAAAAAACGGAAGCAAGGAGGGGACAGAGUAGUGGCCAGGCUGCGGUGGGGCUCAGGUGUGAAGAACCAGGUGAGGGCUCUAUACAUGUGCCUAUCUGACGAGAGUUUCCAGACAGAGGGACAAGAGAGGCAACGGCCCUGAAGCCAGGAAGUGUGUCAAUGACAGACAGCAAGAAGAUCACCAUACCGAGGCACAGUGAACAGAGAUGAGGUUAAGGAGAUGAGAGGGCCAAGAUCGGGGAGGGUUUUAGGCAGUCUACAAAUUGGAAUUAGAUGCAAGACUGACACGGUAUGAUGCAUAGUUUUCUGGAUUGAACAACCCACAUGGAGACCUUGAUGGACUCAGAGAGCCUACUUGGGAAGCUACUGUGGUAAUGCAGAAGGGAGGGAUGAAGGCUUAGAUGACGGCAGAGAAUCUUCGCUAGCUUAUGAAGGGGAAGUCAGUGAGAUAUGCCAAACAGCCGGGCUGCGGAACGUGCAGGAAAUCAGAACAGGAGAACACGUUGGACAAGUUAAACUUGACAUAACCCGUGAAACCUCCAAAGGGACAGUUGUAUGCCUGAGGCUGGCAUUUGGGGCAAAGGCUGAGCUGGAAAUAAACCUUGGCGUGUUGAUGUAAACAUAAAUGAUAGAUUUAAUAACAAUAUAUUCCUAUUACAAUAAUGGUAAUGACACGUGGAUUAAUGAGAUAGCAUGUAAAUAGCACAGCUAUGAAAGCUCACCGUAUGGUAAGAACAGACCAGGAAUGGAACCCUGAGACAACAUCUGUAGUUGGCCUUGCCCUUGGGUCCGGCCCUGCUCUCCUAAGCAUGGAAUGUUCCCUUAGUCUGGCCAUUGUAAUUACAGUGAUCUGACAGCCCUGGGAACACUUUCUCUUGGGGAAGCACCGAUGAGUGAGGGAGGGAGGCAAGUACCCUCUUGUCAUUAUAAGGUCAACAAUGAGCCAUUCUCCUGAUGAAAGGCAGAGGAGGACUCAAUGCCAGACCCUCAGCUGGUCUCCAGCUCACAGAGCCAAGCAUAGCUCCCCCACCUCAUUUCUUUCCUAGAGGUCAUCUCGGGUCAUCUCAGUCAUCGAGGGUCCAGGGACAGGCCACCUCCCUGUGCACCUACAGCUAUGGAGAAUAAAUCCUGAGGGCGUGGGGGAGCCUGAGAAGAGGGAGUUAACAGAAUAGACUCUGCACAGUGACAACUGUACAGUCAUUCAUCUGUGCCCAGAGUCCCCGAGCAGAUCAAGGUGUCAACAGUAGAGCCACCAGAAGGAAGCAGAUCAUCUUACAACUCGGUGCCAUGAUGCUGGCCGCCCGUCUUUCCAGACCCCUGUCACAGCUCCCAGGAAAAGCUCUAAGUGUCUGUGAUAGAGAAAAUGGGACAAGACACACACUGUUGUUUUACCCAGCUUCUUUCAGCCCUGACACCCGUCGGACCUACACCAGUCAGGCAGAUGCGGCUAGUGGCAAAGCUGUCCUGGUUACAGGCUGUGACUCUGGAUUUGGGUUCUCUUUGGCCAAGCAUCUACACUCAAAAGGUUUCCUUGUAUUUGCUGGAUGUUUGUUGAAGGACAAAGGCGAUGCUGGGGUCAGGGAGCUGGACAGCCUGAAGAGUGACCGGCUGAGAACCAUCCAGCUCAAUGUCUGCAACAGUGAGGAGGUGGAGAAAGCGGUGGAGACCGUCCGCUCCGGCCUGAAGGAUCCUGAGAAGGGAAUGUGGGGCCUGGUUAACAACGCAGGCAUCUCAACGUUUGGGGAGGUGGAGUUCACUAGCAUGGAGACGUAUAAGGAGGUGGCCGAAGUGAACCUCUGGGGAACUGUGCGCACAACAAAAUCCUUCCUUCCCCUUCUCCGAAGAGCCAAAGGCCGUGUUGUUAACAUCAGCAGCAUGCUGGGUCGCAUGGCCAACCCAGCCCGCUCACCAUACUGCAUCACCAAGUUUGGGGUAGAGGCUUUCUCGGACUGCCUACGCUAUGAGAUGCACCCUCUGGGUGUGAAGGUCAGUGUGGUGGAGCCUGGCAACUUCAUAGCUGCCACCAGCCUCUAUAGCCCUGAGCGUAUCCAGGCCAUUGCCAAGAAGAUGUGGGAUGAGCUGCCAGAGGUCGUCCGCAAAGACUAUGGCAAGAAGUACUUCGAUGAAAAGAUUGCCAAGAUGGAGACCUACUGCAACAGCGGUUCCACCGAUACGUCCUCCGUCAUCAACGCUGUCACCCAUGCCCUGACUGCUGCCACCCCUUAUACCCGCUACCAUCCCAUGGACUACUACUGGUGGCUGCGGAUGCAGGUCAUGACCCAUUUUCCUGGAGCCAUCUCUGACAAGAUCUACAUACACUGAAGAGCUGAAGAGGUCCCUGCAGCCUCUGCCAGGGAGCCUGAUGGGAGGGAGUUCAUACAGUUAUCUUUUGAUUAACCAUUGUGGGUUGUCCACUGUCUUAGGAAGACCUAUUUUAACCUUACGUGUUCAAUGUGGUGAAUGGUUUGGGCCUUCACAAAUACAGGGCACUGGUGGGUGGCCCUAACCCUCAAGGCCAAUAUGGUGCUUCUAUCUGUCUAUCUAGAGUUGAUUUUAUAUAAAGAUUUGUGGGAAAUACCUUUAUAUUAAAGACGUUAUUAGAAUAGAAUCCAAAAUCAUUUUCAAGCCAGAACAUCCAUCCAAAAUAUGUAUCCCAUUUGAUCCUUAAGUAAGUCUGAUGAGUAAAAAGAACAGAAUUUUUUUUCUUGUGUGCAUGAAAGAAUUUUCAGAUCAUGGAGGACAUACAAGAUACCUCUUUCAUUGCCUCCAAGGGGUCCUACUAGUGUUCUGCCAUUGCUGCAAAAGCUAAACACAUUUGUGUUCCUCAGAUACUUGGACCCGUCAGUCCAGGAACCCUCUGAACAGCUCUAUCCUCUCCUGAGCCAGUCACACCAGAGGCUGCCGUGUGUUAUCUCUGCACGUCCACGGCACGGUGUGACUGGUAGCCAGCAGCCAGUGACUGUCGGCUGGCUGGGGUAGGGGAUCUCGAGAUUCUCAGCUGAGAUUCUAAUCCUGUCUUUAGAGACUCGAGUUAGAUCUGGGUGGAUAUGCUGCUUGGCUAUGAGUGCAGCUUGGUUUUGCUUCUUAGGACAGCAUUGGUGCUAUGCUUGGUGCUGCAGAGACCAGUGGUGCCAAGGCUGGGCACCGAGACCCUUCCCAGCAGUGCGUCUAGACGCCUGAUUGUCUUGUGUGCUCAUGUGGUGCUCCUACAGGUACACACACACACACACACACACACACACACACACACACACACACACACACACACACACACCUGCUUCAUAGGACUUCAGGGCACGGUAUUGGGAACUUUUUAAUUAAGCUGAGAUGCUGCUAGGCGGCCUGUGUUGCCAAUCAAGGAACCUUUGAAUUUGAAGGAUGCUUGUCUCUGGAAUUUCCAGGGUCUGAGUAUUUAUCCAAACCAAAUUCCACCGUGCUGCAGGUGGCUGCAAGUCUUGGGCAGGGUAUUUAAGUGCCAGCUUUGCACAUCUCAGUACACAUUUGUGUGUCUUGAUGCAAAGUCUAGGACUGCCGCUAGAGGGAGCCCUCCCUCCUCAGCUAGAGCUUGCUCAGGCCCGGGAGUUUCCGUUCACACAAGCUUGAGGUCUUUCCAAGAGUGUUUGACCACCUACUUGGACACUGCCUGGGAACAAAGAGCGAAGCAGAGCCCCCUUGGAAACUGAUCCUACACUCCUAGCAACUGUCUAGCCUGCUGGAGCCCAGAGCCAGGAGAAAGCAAAGGAACCUGGAUAGCCACAGCAGGGUGCAGGCAGUGCUGAGGUACAGAGGGUCCCACAGAGAGCGAAUUCAGCCUGCCUUUGGGGCUCUUGACCCCUCUGGAUUUAAACAGGAGUGGACUGUUCUGGCUCCUGUCUUUAGAGCAAAGCAGCUAAGUCCUGGGAGGAGGGAAGGAGAGAGGGAGCCAGGGCCCCAGGGCCCGCAGAGGGACUCCAGAUGACCAGUUUACCUGACAGCAGGAUGCGGUUUGUACCACAGAGCCCGCCUCCUGCUGGGGUCUUUCAGUGGCUUCUUCCUUGGGGGAAUUGUAUUCAUGUUUAAUAAAGAGAUUGGUCAUGACA